CCAGGAGAGCUGAAAGGACAAACCAGACAGGGAAUGUGUUCUCAGCUCACACAACUUCCUCUUCACUUCAACCAGAGAAAAUUCUACCUCCAGUCAAACUCCCUGCUCACCCAGCCGGUCAGCUCCCUGCUCUGUGCCUGAGGAAGGGUGGGAGGGCUGGCCACCAGGAGAGAGUCCAUUCCUCCUCCUGACCCUCUUGCCUUCUUAGUGAUUGAGGUGGAGGAGGGGUCAGGACACAGAACAGAGAGGCCUGGCCAUGCCGGUCUCUGGCCCUGGCGGGGAGAGAUGCCAUACUGCUUAGUGGCCAGUGGGUAGGAGGACACCUUCCCAGCCAGCAAGGAAAGUCCACCAGGCUUCCCUGGAACAAGGCCCCCCAGGAAGUAGGCUGUGAUACAAGAGAAACGGGAAGGUCGCACCUAAUGAUGAACUAACUUCGGUGGGGCGAUCUCUGCCCUCUAACAAGCAAAGGCUUGGGAAAGGUAAGUUCUCAGGGGCAGCCCUUCUUCCUCCCCAACCCCUCCCUGCCUAUACCAUCUCCUGUCCCGCCUCCCCACGGUUGGAAAAGGCUGGCUGUGCAGUGUUGGAAUGUGGAGCUAUUCCUAGGGGGAGACAGGGAAGUGAGGGGAGCUGAAUUGGCCAUGCUGAGCAAGACGUUUCACUACUCAAGCAAUAAAAGGGCUUUCAUGGAGAUGGCCAACCUUGGGUUCCGAAGCGAUUUUCCACCCACAACCCUCCUUCCUCCCGCCCUGAGUCGCCUUGCCUGAGAAUCCUCCUUUGUUGGGCUGAGCCCUGGGGGGAGAGGGGCUGGGCUUUGUGAAGGGGGCCCCCAGGCCAGGCUGACUGGGCUCCCUGUUGUCUGGGUGGAGCACAUCUGGGCAGUGGAAGGGAACUAGGGCCAAGGCCAGGGCCAAGAGAGCCAGCCCUUCCUUCCCAGAAAGCCCCGGGGCACAGGCCCUGCCUCUGCUUCUGGGUGCUGAGUUGCAUUUUGGGGCUGGUGUUUCCCACAUUUCUCUGUGGGAGGGUCCUUGAGAGGACACAGGGAUGAAAUGGUGACUCUGCCCAGCACCCUUGGACAGAGAAGCCUAUGCAGGAGCCACCUCUCACUACAGGCAGACACAGGGGCAAGGGUGGGGAGGAUCCCAGGCCCUGACUUGGAGGGUCCGGAUCUGAGGAGCAGGACCUGGCAGGAUAGGGGUGAGGCUGGGGCUGGGGCUGGGGCUUGGCCUUGGCCUGGCCAGGCAGGGUAAUGAGAUCCAGCUGGGAGGGAGCGAGAGGGGAGGGGGAGGAAGUAGAGGAGGAGGAGGAGGAGGUUCCUUUAUCUCUCUGCUCCAUGUUCUCAAGGCCCACAUUUUUUAAUUUGUGUUGGAUAAACAAUAUGGGAUUGUGUACGCAAAGAAGCUCUAAUUAUCCCCCGAGGUUGUGUUUCCUUAGAGGAAAUGAACUGGGCAUGGCAUUCGUGGUGGAUCGGCAGAAAUGUACCAGCCCAAUAGCUUCCAGAUUGCUGCUCAGGCGUGCCAUGCUGGGAGCCCCUCCAGUGGUGCUGCUGACUCCAUACUCCCAUCUGGGUUUGGAGGAAUCCAACGCAUUCCCAGAGACCAAAUGAGGACACAGUCAAGCAUGGAGGAAUUAAGUUUUGCUGCUACUUGCUGUGUUCCCAGCCAGGAGCCAGACCCUGCCUUCAAGGAACUGAAUGGCUGGGAGUAUGGGGAGUCCUACAAAGGUGAACUGUGGGAUGCUGUCAGGACUUACACGUGGGGAUUCUUUGUCCUCCACGAAAGGCACAGGAAAGGCAGAUCAAGCAGGCCCCAGGAGGCUUCCCUGGGGGAGCUGGGCCGGGCUGGCGCCCAGACAGCAGCGCCUGCUCAGACUCCGGGAUUGGGCAAGGCAGUGGUGAGGGCGGAGGUGGGGAGGCGGCUGUCGGCCCUGGACCUGGACUGCUCCCACUCCAAUGGAAGGUUCGCCCCCAUGUCUCCCUUUUAUCUUUUCAUUACAUACAAAUUAGGAGUGCGAUUAACUUUAUUAAAAGCAAACAAAGCUGGUCAGAGAAUGGGGCCUCCAGACAGAGCUGUGGGGGUUUGGGGAGGAGGAACCUGGGAGAGCAGGGGAGGGUUGUGGUUGCAGCAGUUAAAAGGACAGGAGGUGAAGGGCUGGGGGAGGGGGCUUCCCUGCAGGAUUCUCCAUCCCCAGGGAUCCCACCACUUUUAUGGCCGUCUACAGCCUUCUGAAGUUAUGCCAGCUCGGCCCAGCCUCCAGACAGAAUUCCAGACUUUAAGAGCUAGAAGGAACCGUAGAGACCGUGGAGUCUACCGCUGCCCCCCACCCCCAGCUACAGAUGGGGAAACUGAGGCCCAGAGAGGGGAAGGAAUUAGCUGGAGCCCCACUGCCAGUAAGUAGUUAGGGGUAGUGUGAUGAGAAUUGAAGCUUUCUGUUUGCUCAGGGAGGGACGUCUAUACCCUGCCUCACCUCCCCACAGUGUCUACAAGGUCUGACCUAAAUCCCUCUUGCUGCAGAUGAAUUCAAUUU